AUGGCGGAAGUUCCUCCAAUUCCACCUCCACCUCCGAAAAGAUUCCUUGGUGAUUAUGGAGGUGCAAAUGCAUCAAGUGCCAUCGAUAUUAAAAAGAUCAUUGAAGCGAUAGGUGCAAAUGAGCAUCUGGAAUUGUAUGAUAGGUGUAUGAGCAAACCUGAGGGAGUUAUUGAUCUGAAGCUGGAAACUAAUAAAAUUCGUUUGGAAGAUAUAGUAGCCGCUGAAGUAGAAAAGAAGUUGAAAGCUAUGAAUAUAAGUACUCAACAGAUGGGUCAGAUAGCACAACAGUUGGCCUUAAAUUCUCAAGCUCCAGGUACCUUGCUUAGUGGUACAGUGACAAAUCCUCGUGAGCAUAAUAAUGUUAACAUUGUGGUGACUAGAAGUGGUAAGUCUAUUGAAAAACCGGAAGAAAACAGUGCAGAAAAAGAUGGGUUGUUGGAAGUCGAUUUAGAAAUCAAAGGAACGAAGAAAACGAAGGAGGAUGUUGUGAUAAUUCCUAUAAAGGAGAAAGAAAAAUCUGUCAAACAAACUAUCAAACUUCCUUAUCCUCCGAGACAAAAGAAGAAAGACCAACAUGAAAAGAAAUUUGAGAAGUUUUUGGAGAUGUUUAAGAAACUUGAGAUAAACAUUCUAGUUUCUGAAGCUCUGGAGCAGAUGCCAAUAUAUGCCAAAUUCAUGAAAGACAUCAUCUCCAAAAAGCGCUCCAUAAAUAUAGACCCAAUCGUCCUCACUAAAACCUGCAGUGUUAUUCUCCAAGGUAUGAAAAUUCCUGUGAAAAAGAAAGAUAGAGGUUCUGUUACUAUUCUUUGCACUAUUGGUGAUCAAAUAUUGAAGAAGAUUCUGAUUGAUUUGGGAGCUAGUGUGAGUUUGAUGUCGCUGUCCAUUUAUAAAAAUUUGGGCCAUGGCAGCAUUCAAGACACUAGGAUGACUCUUCAGUUUGUUGAUCACUCAGUUAGGCGACCUUAUGGAAUUGUGGAAAAUGUUCUGGUAAAGAUAGAUAAAUUUGUGUUUUCAGUUGAAUUUGUCAUUCUUGAGAUGCCUGAAGAUGAGGACAUUCCUCUCAUAUUGGGUAGAUCCUUUUUAGAAACAGGAUGA